AAUGGAAGCACACGGGGGUUUGACGCCUAGUAAUCUUUGGCAACCAGGUGAAUUGGCACGUCGCAUGAUGGGAGAGCGGCCGUCUCCGGUACCGCCUACCAGGGAGCUGUGGCCUUCCGCAUCUGUACAACAGCCGCUCAGCAUUAGCACUUUACACAUAGCAUAUUUGAAAGAUGAGGAUUUAUCUCCGAAAAGAGCAUCGACAUUACCUCCUCAGCCCUAUUCUCCUACAACCAUCCCCAUAGAACGUGACUACAAACCUGGAAUGUGCACUGUUGGAACAAAUACCGAGCCUCCUCCUUCGCUCUUUGUUAGAAUCAAAAAAAUUAUAAAAAGAGAAGAGCGCGACACGAAUGGUUUUCCACCGCCGAUUGAGUUUAGUCCUAUUAAUAGGGAAAGUUCUUCGGAUUACGAUGAGUCACCAAUAGAGCGCGCGUUAAACGGAAUAAAGAAAGUAAUUACAGGAGCUAAAUACCGUAUAGCGCCCCGGUCUGAUACGGCUGAAAGCCCAAAAAUAGUGUACGACACGUCUAAGCCUGGCGAUAGAAUGGUUUCUACAUUUGGUGCUAGUGAAUCUAGAAAGUGGUUUAAGUUACCAUCUCGGGCAAGUUACGUUCGGCGGCUUCGGGCCGUUGUUGACUGUUGCCAACGAACACCCCGUCGUCCCCCUCGGCGCAAUGUGCAACCGAACACCUUGCAGAUCACACAGGUAAUCGCCUUAAUAUGCGGCCUGCUGGUGAUUAUACUGAUGGUGUUGGGCCUCGCAUCAGCAGACUGGCUGAUGGCUGCAGGCUGGCGGCAGGGCCUGUUCAUGCACUGCAUAGAUCCAGAGUCGCCGACGCCUUUGCCUUUCGACAUCACUGCUCAGCCAGGGUGCUACGCCGCGAGGCCCGCCCCAUACAUUAAAGCGGCAGCCGGCUUGUGCGUAGCAACGCUGGCGGCGGACGUUUGCGGAGCCCUACUUACAGGGCUAGGGCUACGGUCAGCGGAUCACCGUACAAAGUUCCGAUACUAUCGGUUCGCCGUUCUUGCCAUGUCGCUUGCACUAAUGUGCAUCUUAAUAGCGCUGGUGAUAUACCCGGUCUGUUUUGCCGCCGAAUUGAAUUUAGGCAACAGAUUGGUGUGGGAAUUCGGCUGGGCAUACGGCGUGGGUUGGGGCGCCGCCAUUUUCCUUUUCGGCGCAGUCGUGUUGCUGCUCUGUGACAAGGAGAGUGAGGAGCUGUACUACAAGGAACGGAAAGUCGUGAGCGGUGAAGCGAGCGCGCGCCCCUAGGGCCGUGGGCGCCUGCCCGACCUCGUGCCGUGAGGCCGCUAGUGCACGCACACACGCACACACACACACGCACACCGCACUAACGCACGCACAAGAGUGGACCACUCGCGACCAACCCCACGUUUAUUACGUGUAGGCUGGCGCUACCUUGACAUCUUAGUGAGUAUAUUGGGUUUAUAAUUUAUUUGGUAUUCUUUGUAAAAUUUAAUAUUCGUGGCGGAAACUAGAUCUUAAAAUGUUUUGUUUCCGCCUUUUUUUUGUAAUUAAGUUUUUUAUUCUGGGUUUAUGCUACUCGAACAGAACGGUCCACAGCCCUAAUGGCGUGUCAGGGAGACUUGACAAGAAUUUAAGAACACAUUAAGAAUGGUUCCAUUCCCAUCUGUUCGAAUCGCACGUAAAUAUUGUUUUAAUCAUUAUUUAUGUUUUUUAUAUUCAAAUUAAGUGAUGUGGUCCAAUUGUUGUUAGUAAGUUUCAAGAAAUGGUCAUUUUAUAUCGACACAAUUACUUGAAAUUUGUUAAAAUACCGUAACAUGAGUUGCGUGUUACGUGCGGUGGUGUAAAAAAAUAUAUCUGCACGUUGGAAAAUUGACUUCGUCAUAAGGAACGACUUUGUUUAAUCAUUGGAUUAUGUAAGUGCACAGUAUGGCGCAUCAGUUUGCCAACGUGACGGUAAUGGCAUAAGGUCUGCUGCGAUAACGCACGGAUACUGUACGACUCGCAUUUUGUUAUUUUACACCUUUCUAUUGCUUUACGGAGCAGUUUGUGAUUAUAUUGUACAAACAAUACACUUUUCGUUUUACGUAUGAUUUUGAAGACGUUUACGAAUGAGUUUUUUUUGUUAUUAGUUUGUAAGUUAUUUUAAUUUAUUUAAGCUUUAACUUGGAUAUGUUUGAGUAUUAGAUUUUUUCCACCGAAGGCGCUUUUUCGCCCGUUCGAAUGUAGAAUCUCGUUUAGGCGGAGUCGUUUGGAUGUAACCUCUAAAUUGUUAGCUCGUCGCUCGUCAAAAUUACCUAGAUCACAUGAGAUCGCCUCUCGGCCGUAUUGCGUUGAUGUUAAUUUUAAGGUUUAUUUAGGGCACGUUCGGCGCGAAGGCGUCGGUCGGCGAUCGGUGGUCCCCGGGUAUUGUCCGGUCCAAAGAGCGUCGAUAUUAUUUAUUCGCUUUAACUUAUCGGUUGGUCCUUAGCGGGUUGUAAAUAGAUGUGUGGUAGACCGGUCGGUGGCGUGUAGUGCGGCGGCAGCGCGGCGGCGGGCAGGCGGCGGGCGGCGCCGGUCGCUCGCACCUCUCUCUCUGUCUCCUUUCUUCUCUUCUCCAGCUCUCGGCGGCUCUUCUCUCUCUUCGUAGGAUGAGAGCGGCCGGACCUGCGUUUUGUACUACGAACUUGUAUUCUAGAGCACAAUUAGUGUAACGAGUGUACUUGAGUGAAUCUCAGCGACGUGAAGUCUGCUUCUCGUUCGCGAUCGUCGCGAAUCUGUUUAACGGGCUAUGAAUACUGAUAUAAUGGAAUUAAUUGUGUCGAAGUUACCUUCGCUAGGGUAUACUAAAUGUAUUUAAUUAUUUAUUGUCACGUGUACCGAUCGAUUCGGUCCCGUUCGGCCUCGGUGAUACUGUCGGGAAUCUCGUUUACGUUAAGAAAUGAUAUCCUUUUUGGAAUUGAAAAUUAUUUCACGAGAUAUUUUCUUAAUGUUUAUAAUAAUAGUUGUCUAUGAAUUAUAAUUGUAUCGCUAGGACAGCUGUAGGUUAAUGUUAAUGAUUCUAACUUCUAAGGCAACUAAUUAAGUAUUCUAACGUAGGAUCUACAUUUUGCGUUUGAAUUGCAAUUGCGAUAUAUAUUCGUAUUGAAAUAUUUUAUUCCUAUUUAAAAUAUAUUUUCCUUCAUAAAGUACAAUGAAUUACGUACACUGUACAUAUUCAGUAAUGAGGUUCUAUAAUGAUGUAUAACUUCACACGUAAAAUGUGGAUCUUUUUCACUAAAAUAGUGUUUAUAGUUCUGUAGGAAAGAUGGUAUUUUUUGUAAUCUGUAAUCGUUUAUCUUUAAACACUAUUUCGAAAUCAAUUAUUUAUUGGUUAAUCUUUAAUUGGUUUGUGAUAUGUUAGGAUUUAGUAAUAUAAUAUUAACUUUACUAAUUAUACUGCAUUUAACAAGAAAUCUGUUUAAAAAUGCACUGCCAUUGAAAUUGAAAGAAAAUGUCAAUGAAAAACAUUUCAAAGAUAUUCUUAAUUGUAACCUUUUAGCAACGACGUUUUGAUGAAGUUUUCUUUCUUGCAAAUAAGGUAUUAUAAUAAAAACUUUUACUAAGUGUUUUAUCGAAUCGUGACUUGCAUCUGAUAACCAUCGAUUUUCUGACUGUUUUAAUCGAUGUUACAAUACAGACUAUGUGAUUUAAAUAUUGUAUCUACUUAAGUGUACAUUUUCAUAGAUAAUCUAGCUACUUGUUUUUGUGCAACGUUAAUGUGCUUGGGCAAUAUGCAUUCGUCUGCGCUAGUCAAUAUUAACCAGGAAUGAGGCUUAUUGCAUUAAAAUUCUAAUAAACAGUAUUUUGACUUAUUAAAAUGUCAAUUAACGUUCAGUUAUUUCGUAGUAUUAAAGCAGCUGCAAUUGCCUAAGUAAUUAACAAAUCGAUUCCUUUAGCCAAAUGAUGAGUCAUAUCAAUGAGAUUGAAUAAAGUAAUAAAUAUAGUGAAA